UAGGGGGUGGGGCUUUCCAUCUUCAAGAGUUUCAAUUGGCUUUCAGGUUGCAGAGUGUCGUAGGGGUAUCUCUAAUCAUAUUCAGCAUGUUUUGCACAAGAAAUGUCAGCCGGGAAGGGCUAUCUUCUCCCUUCGCCAAAUUACACCACAACAAUGUCAUGUUCCGAAAGCCCGGCUGGAAGCGCAUUUUUAGUGGAUUCCUUGAUCAGCGCCAGAACCGAAAGCAGUGGCGCGUACUACCAAGGGAACGGCGUGUGCGCGCCCCCCGCCGCGGAGCUGCCCUACGGACUACCGAAUUGUGGGUUUUUUCCAGGACUGGCGAAACGGAACGAGACCAGUUCCCAAACUAUGGUUCCCGCGUCCAGCCACUACAUGUCCGGGAUGGAGAUGUGGCUGGAUGGCUCGAGGGCGUGCCGAAUGGAUCAGCCCGCGAGCCAGCAGGUUACCCCGUGCUCCUUUUCUCCGAACAUUAAGGAAGAGAAUGCAUACUGCCUCUACGAGUCGCAGAAGCGUUCAAAACCGUCAACCGCGGAAGACCUCUCCUACACCAGGCUAACUUCAGGCUCGUGCGCAGUCAGUGACAGCGCUACAGUUCCUGUACCUGGCUAUUUCCGGCUGUCACAAACUCAAACACAUUCUAAGGUUUAUCACGGCGAUCCUUCGAAUCCGUUCCGCUUUGGCCUGCAACCCCCGAUUCGCUUCGACACCCCACCAUCCCCAGAGACGGACAGGAAGGGGAGCGAAGAGGCGUCCUCCACAAGCAUAGCACGGGCGCUGCAAAGAGAGGAGGAGACCCGAGUGUCCUCGUCCGACGAGUCGUCUUCUCCGGGUCCACCUGAAACCGAGAAAGAGAAAAGAGAGAAGCCCGCUAAAAGAGAUUUAAAAAAUGAAAAUACAGCCAACUGGCUUACAGCAAAAAGCGGCCGGAAGAAACGUUGCCCCUACACCAAGCACCAAACCCUGGAGCUCGAGAAGGAGUUUCUCUUCAACAUGUACCUGACUCGCGAGCGUCGCCUAGAGAUCAGUCGGUCCGUCCACCUUACCGACAGACAAGUCAAAAUCUGGUUUCAGAACCGGCGAAUGAAACUGAAGAAAAUGAACCGGGAAAACCGAAUUCGGGAGCUUACGACCAACUUCUCUUUCUCGUGA